GCUUAUUGAGGCGGAAAAGCAACGGAGGCUUCUCCUGAUCUCGUUUGCGGCCUUUCUUCUACAUGCCGGUGGCGAAACGUUUACACAGCAAACUUGUACACGUGCAGAUGAGUGGCUCCGCGCCAUCGACUACGUGGUCGCGGAGACUAUGGAGCUUUUGUUCGAGGUCUCCACGGCUGUCAGGGCCGCCGUCAAGAGGGACCGGAUUGGAUACCUGGACGGUCUUGUUAAGGACGUGACAGUCCAAGAUAUGCGGGCGCCCAAAGCACUCUACACUGCAGUCCGUCGAGCUUUUGCUGGUGCUAAGUCGGCGCGGAGGUCCACCUUCCAACCCCUGCCAACCGUGCUCCUUGAGGAUGGACAACUGGCACAGUCGCAUGCUGACAGGGUUGACAGAUGGGCUGCCUUUUUUGGUAGCCAAGAGGCUGGCGUACGUGUUACUGCGGAUGAGUACAAGCAGCGGUUCGCCUGCCCUGAUAUUCCUGUCGGGAAUGCCGACCCCGUCUUCUCCAUCCGGGCUAUUCCUUCGCUUACAGAGCUGGAGCAGCAGCUCUUACGAGCCCAGUACGGCAAAGCUUGUGGCCCUGACGGGCUCACUGCCGAGGUGUUUCGGUUGUCGGCUCCACAUGUUGCCAAGUUGCUUUUCCCUAUAUGCCUCAAGGCUUCGCUUAGCCUCCGCGAGCCCUCGGAGUGGAGGGGUGGUAGUCUCCACUGUUUAGCCAAAAAAGCACAAGCAGCACUUGAAUGCUCUGGCUAUCGUUCCAUACUCAUGGCGAGUGUGGCGGGGAAGGCUCACCACCGCAUCCUUCGCAAUAAGCUUAUGCCGCAUUUCGGGGCACACAGGGCGGCUUUGCAGUUUGGUCAGGUUGCUGGCGUUGGAGUGGAAGCAGUGGCACACAUUGUGCGCACCUACCAGGUGCUUAUGCUUGGCCGCCGGCGCGUUUGUGCCACCACCUUCUAUGACGUGAAGACAGCAUUCUAUCAGGUCAUAAGACAGGCGCUCUUGCCAGGGACUGCCGGCCAUACCGAUGCUAGGAUCCUCGAGCUCCUUCAUGGUUGGGGUGUUCCCGAGGAGGCAUUAGGUGAACUCAUCAUACACCUGCAGAACAUCGCUGCGCUGCCCACCGCCUGCGACGAUGAGCACUUGUGUGCUCAGAUAGCCGACCUCUUUAGGGGCAGCUGGUUCCGUCUGGAUGGGGCGGACCCACUUCUUGUAACUUAUAAAGGAACUCGACCAGGAGAUCCUCUUGCCGACCUAUUGUUCGGGUUCCUCUUCUCAGCUUAUGUCAAAAGCUCCGAACGAGCCUUAGCUGACGCAGGGUUGGCGACGCAUGUCCCGCAAGCCGCUUGUGGGGCGACAACUAUUUUUGGACAUGCCUGUCAGGAAAUUGGGUGCAUGGCCUGGGCCGACGAUUUCGCACACUUACAGUCGGCACUUGAUGUGGUCGCCCUCUGUGAGCAGGUUCAACGGGCCACCAGCCUUUUGGCCACGAGGGCGACAGCGCACGGCAUGCAGUUGACGUUUGCCGUUGAUAAAUCUGCAGUGCUCUUCUGUAGCGCCAGUAGCCGUGCCCCCAACCAGUAUCUGACUGCCGAUCCGGACGGUCAGCUUGGUCUCCACAUCUGGGAUGCGAUUCUUCAGAGGAGUUUCUUUCUUCCGGUUGUGGAUUCAUAUCGCCACUUGGGCACAAUCGCUGUCGCUAAUGCACGGCCUGGGCCUGAAAUUGCGUUCAGAUUGUCCAAGGCUCAGGCCACUCUAAUACCUCUUCGACGCAGGCUCUUUUCCAAUUCGGAUAUUCCACUCCAGACCAGGUGUACACCGGAGGGCCUGGUGCCGCGCUUAUGUCCGCAUAUGGCGCGCCUUAUGUCGGUGGAAGGGGGUUGA